AUGCCUGCCACUACUGCUGAGACGCUCUCUCUGGUUACUAGAAACGUUUCUGUUGCUCCCCUGGUCCUCCUUUCCGCCGCAGAUCACUAUGGCCGCUCAGCGAAGGGCACGCGGAAACGAGUAGUGGGUGUUUUGCUAGGACAGAACGAUGGAAAGAAUGUGCGGGUGUCAAACAGCUUCGCUGGUAUGGACCCCUCAAUAGCCUUGCUAUUUUGUAAUUUGAAAGCUCUAAUGGUUGACCAUUCUACAGUGCCUUUUGAGGAAGACGACAAGGACCCAUCAGUAUGGUUUCUGGACCACAACUACGUCGAGUCAAUGAAUGAUAUGUUCAAGAAGAUCAAUGCGAAGGAGAAGCUGAUAGGCUGGUAUCACUCUGGGCCUAAGUUAAGAGCUUCGGACUUGGAAAUCAAUGAGCUGUUCAAGAGAUAUACACCUAAUCCUUUACUGGUCAUUAUCGACGUUCAACCGAAGGAGUCUGGCGUACCAACAGAUGCGUACUUUGCAGUUGAAGAGAUCAAGGAUGAUGGAACCACAACAUCUAAGACAUUCGUACAUACCCCUUCCAUCAUCGAAGCUGAGGAAGCCGAGGAGAUUGGAGUCGAGCAUUUGUUGAGAGAUAUUCGGGAUGUCGCUGUGGGGACUUUGUCAACAAGAAUUACAUCACAACUUCAGUCACUGCAAGGACUGCACUUAAGGUUACGAGAUAUCCAGCAAUACCUACAAAAGGUUCUUGAUAAAACUUUACCAGUCAACCAUGCUAUCUUGGGCAACCUCCAAGACGUAUUUAACCUCUUACCCAAUCUCUCUACACCAAAGACCUCUUCACACGUCCCCAAUGGCGUCGAUGCGCCAGUCAAGAACGACAGCGAAUUAUCACAUGCUAUGAGCAUCAAGACCAACGAUCAGCUCAUGGCUAUUUACCUUUCCAGUUUGAUUCGUGCCAUUACCGCUUUCCACGACCUGAUUGAGAACAAAAUCCAGAAUAGACAGCAGCAAGAGGAUAAAGAGGCUAAGAAGGACGAGGGCAAGGAUGAGAAAGACAAGAAGACGAAUGGAGUAAAUGGCGUUAAUGGGGAGGCGAAGGAAGGCAAGGAGGCAGAAAAGGAUAAAGAGGACAAGGAUAAAAAGAAGUGA